AUGGCUGCCGACAUGGCCGAGCUCAUGGCCCUACUCAGAGCUCCAAACCGCACCUCCUCGAACUCUACUCCGCCUCCGGGGUACGGGCCAACAGUCGACCCAAACCCUUGGGUCCCGCCGACCCAUGCUCCGGAAGGUAUUGAAGCGCCUGCGAUACACGCACCGGCGGGCCUCCCAGCUAACGUCCCUCCGCCAUCGGUGACUCUCCCGGCAGCCAUUCCUCUUCCACCGUCGAACCCGACUACUCUAGUACCGCCGCCGAUGUCCAUACCGGUUCCGGCACCGGUUUACGCGGCUCCUCCGCCGAUGGUCUUCCCGGCACAGAGCCCCCACGCUCCUGCUCACACAGCCGAGCCUGUCCCAUUCCAAGCUCCACAACCCCACAUCAGCUUUUCUUACCCAACUCUACUCCCCUAA